AAAAUGGCGGCAGCUUCUUCCAUCCAGCCGCCGAGCGUCCAUGCAAUAAAGCAGGAAAAUUCCUUUUCCCCGGAGUCUGACAGCCCCGAGAGCCGACCGGAGGAAGACCCUGUGCCCGAGGGGUCCAGCCUCCGAGAUCUACCGGAUUUGGAGCCGGAGGAAAUCGAGAGAAGGCUGGAGAAAACUCGCCGCGAGCUGAGCAACAGGAGGAAAAUUAUCAUUAAGAACCUGCCACAAGAUACAACCAACCAGGAGGUCCAUGAGAUUCUGAAGGACUAUGAGCUGAAAUACUGUUUUGUGGACAGGAAUAAAGGAACAGCGUUUGUGACACUCCUGAAUGGGGACCAGGCCCAGGAUGCUAUUCACUCCCUGCACCAGUCAUCUGUGCGUGGCCGUGAUGUCACUGUCCAGCUGCAGCCAACAGAUUCACUCCUCUGUGUCACAAACCUGCCUCACACCCUCACUGCUGCUCAGUUCCAGGAGCUGGUGCGUUCCUAUGGCAACAUUGAGCGCUGUUUUCUCGUGUACAGUGAACUAACCGGUCACUCCAAAGGUUAUGGAUUUGUAGAGUACAUGAAGAAGGACUCGGCCUCGCGGGCGCGGACCGAACUCUUGGGCAAACCGAUGGCUGACCGCACGCUCAUGGUGCAGUGGAUGGAUGUGAACCAACUCACCAGCUCUGAGCAGCUCCACUCUAAGUGCCUGAGUGUGGACCGCCUGCCUGUGGACUUCUGCAGCUCGGAGGAGCUUCUGCACAUCUUCUCCGAGCGCUACAAACCUGUCUUCUGUCAGCUGGCUCAGGAUGAGGGCAGUCCUGUGCGUGGUUUCGGGGUGGUGGAGUAUGAGCGUGCGGAGCAGGCUGAGGCAGUACUGAUGGAGAUGGACGGUCAGUUGGUUCAGGGGCAGGAGAUCCGACUGUCCUUCUGCUGCCCGGGGACGAGUGGGCGCAGCACACUGGCCGCUCUCAUUGCCGCACAGGGCGUGAUGUUUAGUAAUAAGAAGGGUUUGUUGCCGGAGCCCAGUCUGAGUCAGCUUCUCCACAGUAUGACCAACCCAGCAGCCCUGCAAGUCUUAAUGAGACCAUACCACACCGGAAAACGAGGAGGGAAGUUUACUCGUCCUCAUGUUCUACCCUUCCUGCGUCCCCCUCUCACAACUGCCCUGCUACAGUUGGGCAAAGCGCAACAGAGUGCCAUGUUGGGGAAUGGUCUUGUUCUCCAGAAUCUUCUCCACAUGCAGCUGGCCCAGCAACAGCUUCUACAGAUCAAAGACAAGCACAUCAGCAAUCUCAUGCUCCCUGGUCUCCUCGGUGACCCCUCCAGGUUGCUCCUCCAUAAGGUAUUUAGUGUGAGAGCUCCAGCCCCCAUGACAGUGGGCAAGGGUCUGCUGGGAGAUUCACCCACUGAGCUGGGGCAGGACUCACCCUCAGUCUCAUCCCAGUCAGGUGCAUCUGUAAGUGGGGUGAUGUCUUACCUUUCUGCCCCAUCUCAACUGAACUCUGGUGGGGAGCAGAAUGGGCCGUCUGCUGCCUCCACAGGCCCAGAACCUCUAGCUGCCGGCGCGGCUGCCGUGAGCACACAGGUCCAGCUGCAGGGCUUUGUCCCAGCCGUGAACAGGCCUACUCUGGGUCCUCUGCUCGGGAACACCACCCAAAAGGCUCCACACAGCAGCACUGAGGCUGCACCUACUGUAAGAACUGGGUCUCAGACAUCUUUGCUGGGAGAACCACCAAAAGAGGUGAAGCUGCCUUCAAAUCCAUAUCUGAACCUAGCCAGCGUACUGCCCGGAGUAGUACUGCAAGGUUCCAGCAGCAGUAAGGUUCAGAGUAUUCAUCCGGCUAGUGGGACAUACAGCUCCACUGUCCCGCCUGCCUCCCAGUCAGCACACCAGUACAGCACGGAGACUCCAUCAGAGUACACUCACCAGUACAUGCCACAGUACUCACAGGAAGCCAUGCAGCAGUGGUACCAACAUUAUCAGUCUCAGAGCUACAGUGGUGCCAGCCAUGAGACUGGCACUGCCACUGAAUUCAACAAGGAGCAACCUCAGGCGGUGGUGUCCUCAUAUGGAGAUUACAGCUCCUACAUGCAAGCUGUCAGCCAGUAUUAUUCUCAAACAGGUGUUCAGGCUCAACAAAGAGAGAACAAGGAGAUAGAGGCAGUGAAGUCUCUGAAUGGCAGUACCCAGUCUGUUCUGCCAGGCUACAGUACUCUGCCUCUGAUGCCAGCCUUCGUCACUGCCCAGCACACACACAGCCCUGCCACACACACUGCUGACUGGAACCAGUACUAUUAUAGUCAGGCUCGGGGACAGAAGCGUGAGUAUCCCACACUGCCUGUACAGGAAGUGACAUCAGAGAGUCCAUACAUAGGCCAGCACUCACAGGGACUUGGCGGUCAAUACGCAGAUUACUUCAAAAAGAAGAGGAUUUAA